AUGUUGUGUUGACAUUGUGUGUAUGGUUCUCUCCAUCCAGACCACAACCCUAUGCUUGCAUUUGCUGAAUGGCACAGCGGUACCAAACAGUGGGAUUAGGGAGGGGGCCACACUUUCCCUGCAGGAUACAGCGAGACAGCAUCAACAAGACUCCAGAACUGUCACACGUGUACUCUCAGACAAAGCUGACUCUACCGCUACCACUUUAGGCUUUUCCUAUUCAUUGGCUCGCUGAUUCAUUGACGAUGGAAUGGAGGUGAUUCUCAUCGCCGCCAUUUUUAGAGGAACUGCCUAUUGAAGUGAGAAACUUUGCUGGCUACUGCCUAACGUUAGCAGCUAGCUGGUUGGCCGCUAGCUUGCCUGUCGUUGUGACAGUUAACGCUUGACAGUCGUCACUAGCCAGAGCAGCUUGCUUCACGUUGAUGCAAUUGUUCCUGCGGCCGACCAGUAUUUUUGACAAAGAUAACGGUUAUUGCUUAAGUCAACAGUUUGAGCUAACGCUAGACUUGAAGUCAGCGUGGCCGUCUUUAUUGGGUAGGGCACAACUGUGUGGUUAGAUGAGCGAAUUAGCAUUGCUAACUUAUUAGCUUGCGAUUUCACACUUUGAUUUCUGUGGACUGCAUCGCCUCGUCUGUGAUAUAUCGUCAGCCACAUCCUCUGUUCAGGGUGACUGGAUUCAUCAGCCGUCUCAACCUAUGUGGAUUCAUUUUAACCGGGUGCCCAUGUGCUGGUUCCUUAGGCCCAUCAACUAUUACAGAUGAAUCUUCAGCUGCUUUGGCGUAGCUCAGCACCCAGAUAGUCCCCAUCCCCUUCUGCGUGGGUGAUAAGGGACUACAUUAACCAGGAUGCCCUCCACUGUAAGGGCGGGGAGCCUGAAGGAUCCGGACGUGGCCGAGCUUUUCUUCAAAGACGACCCAGAGAAGCUUUUCUCUGACCUCCGGGAGAUUGGCCAUGGCAGCUUUGGAGCCGUCUACUUUGCACGGGAUAUACGCACAAAUGAGGUGGUGGCAAUUAAAAAGAUGUCCUACAAUGGCAAACAGUCUAUUGAGAAAUGGCAGGACAUUAUAAAAGAGGUGAAGUUUCUGCAGAGGAUCCGGCACCCCAACAGUAUAGAGUACAAAGGUUGUUACCUCCGUGAGCACACAGCAUGGCUGGUGAUGGAGUACUGUCUCGGCUCAGCCUCAGAUCUGCUAGAAGUUCAUAAAAAACCUUUACAGGAAGUAGAGAUUGCUGCCAUUACACAUGGUGCUCUGCAGGGGCUGGCCUACCUUCAUUCCCACAAUAUGAUCCACAGGGAUGUGAAGGCAGGUAACAUUCUGCUGACUGAGCCCGGGCUGGUCAAACUGGCGGACUUUGGCUCUGCUUCCAUUGCCUCGCCUGCCAACUCCUUUGUGGGAACGCCAUAUUGGAUGGCCCCAGAGGUGAUUCUAGCUAUGGACGAGGGCCAGUACGAUGGGAAGGUGGAUAUCUGGUCCUUAGGGAUCACCUGUAUAGAAUUAGCGGAGAGGAAACCUCCCUUGUUUAACAUGAAUGCAAUGAGUGCCUUAUACCACAUAGCGCAGAAUGAGAGCCCCACACUGCAGGCCAGUGAAUGGACGGAUUACUUUAGAAACUUUAUAGAUUCUUGCCUUCAGAAAAUCCCCCAGGACAGACCACACUCUGACGACAUGCUGGGGCAUGCGUUUCUGCAGCGUGAACGUCCAGACUCCGUGCUGAUGGAUCUUAUUCAGAGGACCAAGGAUGCCGUGCGAGAGCUGGACAACCUACAGUACCGCAAGAUGAAGAAGAUCCUCCUUCAGGAGACCCACAACGGACCCACAGCAGAAGUUCCUGAUGGAGACGAGGAGCUGGAGCCAGGCGGCGGUCGGACGGGAACAGUGAACAGUGUCGGCAGUAAUCAGUCCAUUCCUAGCAUGUCCAUCAGCGCCAGCUCCCAAAGCAGCUCUGUAAACAGUCUGAACGAAGCGGCCCAGGACAGCCACAGCGAGCUGGACCUGAUGGAGGGAGACCACACAGUCAUGUCCAACAGCUCCGUCAUACACCUCAAACCGGAAGAAGAGGAGAGUCUCUCUGGGGAGCCGGCAGCCAGCAGUGAACCCUCUGAGCCCCAGCCAACACCAGCUCCGGCCCCGAGGAAGCACUACCGCAACAGAGAGCACUUUGCCACCAUACGCACAGCGUCACUCGUGACCCGUGAGAUGCAGGAACACGAGCAGGACUCGGAGCUGCGGGAGCAGAUGUCCGGGUACAAACGCAUGAGACGGCAACAUCAGAAGCACUUGAUGGGCCUGGAGAACAAGCUGAAAGGGGAGAUGGAUGAGCACAGGCUGAGGCUGGACAAAGAGCUAGAGAGUCAGAGGAACAACUUCACCCAGGAGAUGGAGAAGCUGCUUAAAAAACACCAGGCGGCCCUGGACAAAGACCUGAAGACUUUUGCCAACGAUGAGAAGAAGUUCCAGCAGCACAUCCAGGUGCAGCAGAAGAAGGAGCUCAGCAGCUUCUUGGAAUCACAGAAGCGGGAGUACAAACUACGCAAGGAGCAGCUCAAAGAGGAACUGAACGAGAACCAGUCCACUCCCAAGAAGGAGAAGCAGGAGUGGCUGUCCAAACAGAAGGAGAACAUCCAGCACUUCCAGGCGGAGGAGGAGGCCAACCUGCUGAGGAGACAGAGGCAGUACCUGGAGCUAGAGUGUCGACGGUUCAAACGCAGGAUCCUCAUCGCCAGACACAACGUGGAGCAGGAUCUGGCCAGAGAGGAGCUCAACAAACGGCAGACACAGAAGGACCUCGAGCACGCCAUGCUGCUCAGACAUCACGAGUCGAUGCAGGAGCUGGAAUUCAGGCACCUGGGGACGAUCCAGAGGGCGCGGGCAGAGUUGAUUCGGACCCAGCACCAGACAGAGCUCACCAACCAGUUGGAAUACAAUAAGAGGAGGGAGAGGGAGCUGAGGCGCAAGCAUGUCAUGGAGGUCCGACAGCAGCCCAAGAGCCUCAAGUCUAAGGAGCUUCAGAUUAAGAAGCAGUUCCAGGACACUUGUAAAACCCAGACCAGGCAGUACAAGGCCCUCAGAAACCACCUGCUGGAGACGACGCCCAAGUCUGAUCACAAGGCCGUGCUCAAGAGGCUGAAGGAGGAGCAGACCAGGAAGCUGGCCAUCCUGGCCGAGCAGUACGACCACUCCAUCAACGAAAUGCUCUCUACGCAGGCCCUGCGGUUAGACGAGGCUCAAGAGGGCGACUGUCAGGUUCUGAGGAUGCAGCUGCUGCAGGAGCUGGAGCUGCUCAACGCAUACCAGAGCAAGAUCAAGAUGCAGACAGACGCUCAGCACGACAAGGAGCGCAGGGAGCUGGAGAUGAGGGUCUCUCUGCGGCGGGCACUGCUGGAGCAGAAGAUUGAAGAGGAAAUGCUUGCGCUGCAGAACGAGCGUCUGGAGCGAAUCCGCUCCCUGCUGGAGCGCCAGGCCCGAGAGAUCGAGGCUUUUGACUCGGAGUCCAUGCGGCUGGGCUUCAGCAACAUGGUGCUCAGUAACGUGGCUGCCGAUUCCCAGGGAGGCUGGGGGGGAGGAGGUGGAGGUGGCCAGGGGGCUCAAGGUGGAGGCCACUGGCCCGGAGGAGGUGGAGGUGGAGGAGGAGGCGGCCACCAAAGUCAUCACCACCAGGGGGGCACCAGCUCACAGCAGCCCUGGGGUCACCCCAUGCUGGCUGGGGGCCCGCCACCUUGGAGCCUCCACCACCCCGGAGGAGGGAAUCAGAGGGGGAGCGCGGGAGGCGCAGGAGGGGUGAGGAACAGCCCACAGGCUAUGAGGAGGACGUCAUCAGGGGGGAGAAAUGAACAGGGCAUGAGCAGGAGCGCCAGCAUCACCUCUCAGAUCUCCAACGGAUCCCAUCUGUCGUACACCUAGAACACACACACACACACACACACACACACACACACACACAAGCAACACGAUAAUUGUCUUAAAGUCGAAUCCUUGUGCACCGAGGUGACACUACGCAGACGCACGCUAUGCAUGCACCACACAUGCACCACACAUGCUUUACAUACACUUAUGUCCCACAGUACGUCUGACACAUACUGCACAGUACUGAGACUGGGUUUACGGCAGCCCAGUUGCUCUCCCAUCACCACUGCUCUCUUAAAUCAGUGUACUGAUCGCGGUAGUCUGUGGAAACCCAAAAGUCUUGAGACUAAUCCAAGAUGGCUGAGGGCCAUAUACAGUAUGCCACAGUGCAAUAGUGUCAUUUGUACUGUAUCUUACAGUGCUGUUUUAUGCGUUUUGCCAUGUUAGUCUCUGUUGUCAUAGACCCAAAGUAGUAUAUUCAUAUUCUCUACCACGGAGUUUGUUUGCAGUACGCUGUUUUAUAUAUAUAUGUGAUGUAAACCUGAGGCUUUCAGAUGUUGUGGUAGCACAAUAAUGUGCAUCAUGGGAAAUGUUGCAUUCAGUUAUGCAAUUUUUAGAAUCACAUAAAAAAAAAAAAAAAAAAAAAUGUGAUCACUCAAAUAUCUCACAGCUUGAGAUUGAAGCACAGACAUCUUACCCUUUAGAACGUUUAUUGAGAUUAUGGUUUACGUGCAGUGACAGAGGAGUGAGAAGGCAGGAGGUAAUGUAGGCGUCUGAUUUAAGAUGGAAGAGCAGAAUGUUUCGGAACACGUUGGAAAGUUCUAGAAGGAGCAUAGAGAAAUGACCAGUGUUGUUGUAAGUACAAGUGGGUUUCUCUGACUUUAAAGAAGUAGCACAGGGGACGUCCAAGGUGUCAUGAACAGCUAAAAGUAUGCAAUCUUUCAUUCCAGCCUGAGUGACUUCACUCCUCCACCAGAGAGGGAAUCUAACCAGUGAAGUCCCUGUGUGCAGUGUUUUACUGGGAUGAGUUAGUUAGGGCUGCAAAGAUGCCAAAGGUAAAGGUGCAGAGUCAGCGUUGUCGUUAUAAUUAUCCAUGCCAACAUACUGUUAUGUAUUUCAUGAGAUUGUGCCAGAGAUGUAAUUGGAAGUUCAGGUGAUACUAUGCGGCCAAGUUAGAUGCACGCGUUGCUGGAUUGGAGGCGAGGAGGAAGUCCAUUCUCGUGCAUGCUCGGCCUCAUUGGCUCGGCUCUUGGGUUUCCACAGACCUCUGCCCACUCUUUGCUCAUGCCCGCCCAGUGAACGGCCAGUCUGAGGGAUACCAUGGCCUUACCAGUCCAAAGCCCUCAUGACAGGGACGGGGUUUUCAGCAGCACCUAACCUCUACUUGAGUAGAAACUAGUGUUCACCUCUCACUUGUUGUUUGCAGCAGUGUUCUGGUCUAAUCUGGCGCCGUGUUGGUCGGUGAAAGCGACGCCUGUUGGUCUAUACCUCGAGAACACUCAAGCAGAGCUUCACCACAGGGUGUCGUGACUUGACAACGACUGGCACUUUGGCACAGGCUUUCAUGCACACGAAAUGAUUGGUAGAUCAGAUUUACAUACAUACAUAUAAUAGUUAUUGAUUUCUAUUCCCCAGUCAAACAGUACGUCCCUUUGCACACUUGGUUGAUGAAUGCAUGUACAGGAGAAACAUUUGUGAAAAUGGGAUUGGGACAUAAGUGUUUAAAACAAUAAAAAAAAAUGCACUUAGCAGUUGCUAGCUGAGUUGGCUGUUAAUGAGCAACACAGCAGCAUUUCUGUCAGGGCAAAAUUGUCCAUCUCAGUUGCCUAGAAAUGUGUGUUUUUAAUUAAUAAAUAAUAGUUUUAAGGGGCUAGAGUUGCACUGAAUUAACAGGGAGCGUGAAGGAGGAGCUUCACUAGUCCUCUGCUGGUUGGUGACUGCUGAAUGUCUCGUUGGGUUGAUGGGCGGUGAUGCUGGGAUCUCCGCUGCCAUGCCCCUGGAACCCCCUCUGGUCCGACAUCCCGCUCUGUCUCACCCCCGGUGACCCCCGGAGUCGUGUUCUGACCGAUGACCUCCCUGAUUCCCUCCACGUUUGUUUCCUCCCCUCCUGAGCCUGAUGCUGUCUUCACCCCUCCCUGAUCUAUCUGGGAAGAGCUCUUUAAGUGAAAGAAAAGAAGAAGAACAAAUAAAUAUGUAUUAUUAUAUAAAUCUAUUAAAAAGAGGAUUAUAGAUAUAAAAGUGGACGUCUAAUUGUGAAAUGAAAUGCAGAGAUUAUGCGUCGUAUGAUUUUCAGAGGUGGAAUGUACAGUAAACCUGUUAAUAUUGUAUAUUUUGAAUUUGAAAAUCUAAUUGACAAAUCAAAGACAAAUGAAGUAGUUGUGAUGCUGACACAGUGAUGUGGUUUUGGACCAGCGGUAUUCAAAUGAACAUUUGAUUAACAGCUGCUGGGUUUUCGCGGUCUUACUUGCAGCUGCAGGUUCUGAAACGUCUUACAGAUAUUCUGUUGUGAAUGAUAACAACACAACUCUCGGUCGGACUGCCUUGAGUAAAAGGGUAAUUUUUUGUUUAAUGCUGAAUUAGGAUGGUUGUGCCCCCUUGUUAGGUGUAGCCUUUGCCUAAGCAAUGGUUAUAUUUAAUUGACGUAUGAUACCCAAUAUAGAAGACUCAAUCUGUCUGUUUAGGUUUUUCACGUUUUAGACUCUGACCUAAAGUCAAGGUUAUACAAUAGAAAAAUAAAUGUCUUUAAAGAUCUAUUAAAAUUUGGAAAUCAAUAUUUGGCUGCAUGAACAAUAUCUCGUGCACUCCACAACAGAAAUCCUUGCACAAGACGGUGAAAAUAUAUCUGUUGUUUGAUAUCUAUAAGGGUUACUCUGAGGUGUUGUGGGGUCCACAGAUAUCAUUUGGACUUCAUUUAUGAAACAUGCGCCCUCCUCUGUUGUGGUUGUACACAAAGCAUUUUCACACUACACUGAAGUAUCUGCCUUUUUUUCAGCUUUUUUUAAAAAUCUUACCACCCUGCACUCAGUUUGUCUGGGCUCAGUUCCAAAAACUGAAAAGAAAAACCCGGAAUGUGGUGGUCCCAUUCUUCUCUUCAGCCAGUAUGCCAUUGUUUCCAACAUCUUUUAACAAACCCUUUUCCAGUUCUGCUGUGUUUUAUUUGGUUUUAUGCCAGAAAGGGUCAUUUUAUUUUCCAGAUGAUGUCUGCAGAGGGCCAAGCGAGUGGCAGGUUUUUACUCCCUCUCUUGUGUUUACUAGAACUCCCAGGGGGGGGGGUUUUGCGAGGUGGUCGGGGGCAGAGUCUAGUUUUAGACCUUGGUCACUCUGAACUGGAUCAGUUGCACUGCUUGCACAAGUGAUUGACCAGAUUAAAGAGUCUACUGUGAUCCCCCUCAGUGGUGCUGAGGGAUGGCUGCCAUUGGUUGAAAGUAGGCGGGAGGCAGGGUUACGUCUCUGUACAGUCUGUUUAUCAGUAUUCCCUUUAUCGCUCCUGUCAUUUGGUGGAUCUUGCUGUUUUAUCUCCGUAGUCCAGAGACCUGUAUUAAACUGUAUUAAAUUGUAUAGAUUGUGCAAAAAGCUGAAUGUCGUAUAGCAGAAGAGAAAAGCUAUUCCUUACAGAUGACAAAGUGAUUUAAAAUGUAUAAAAGAAGUCAAGAAACCAUGUUUAGGGGAUAAAUGUAAUAUUUUGUUUGUAAUUACUAUUUUCUGUUGGAAGAGGGCUACUGGAUAAAGAAUGAUCUGUAAUAAAGUAAUUUUAAUAUUU